AUGUUUUUUCAGAAAUGCGCAAUAUUAGGGAACCAUUUGAAGCAAAAAUGCAAGCAUAAAGAAAUUGCUGAGCUUUGUUUCAAAAAAUAUGAAAUACAUGGCAUUUCAAAACGCCUUUUAAAGACCUCAAAGAGAGACACGAGCUCAGACUCCCCGUAUAUUGAGUCAAUCCCAAUCGUGUGCGCAUUUGGUAUAGAUAUAUCAGAAUUGGAGAAGCUAGUAGGAAAUGAUUUAGUAGAUGAGAUAUCCUCAUAUAAAAGUCGAAUACCAUCUGUUUGGACAAAAGGUUUAAAAAAAUACUUUGAAAAUGCACUAGAUAAAGUAGAAAAAAAUUUCAAGUUAGCAAUACAAGAAGAAAUAGAGGGAAGUGAAGAAAACAAAAACAAAUUUAGAUUAUAUUGUAAAAAAGUAUUAAUGGAAUUGUAG